AUGUCAGAUACAGCACAUGUUGCCUCGUCUUCGACUCCGUCCUCGGUGGCACAUCCACCAACAAUCGCCAACCACAUCCUCACGAUCCCGCAUCGAACCUACCCCAACUUCUUGACCCAGAUCGUACGCCUCUCUUCCACCACCGGACAGCAAAGCCUCUUCGUUCACUGCACUUCCGUCAGCCCAUCUCAAGCGCACGCUCUCCUCCCAUCCGCUUCGACCACCACAACCAAUGCCAAUGAAGGAGAAGACGCCGAGCUGCACGCCGCUCUCCUGGCAGCCGGUCGCUCCCAACCCUCCUCCGGGCCCCUCGGCAACCUCUCCUCCGACUUCGCACUCGCCAUGUCCCCACCCUCCUCCUCGGCGUACGCUACGUCAACAUCCAUCCACUCGUCUUCCUCCAACAUCUCCCUCGCAAACUCAAUGAGCAAACGCAUCGCCACCAAACUCUCCCUCCCCCAGCUCCUCCUCUCCCUCGACAUCCCCGCACAGCUCCUUCCCUCACCCAACCAACUCCAGGCGCCCGCCGACGCAACCGCCCUGCUCGCACUCGAAAAAGCCCUCCGCGAUGCAUGCGCUUCCACACUCUCACACUCGUCUCAUUGA